AACGCAGGAGGUCGUGGUGCCCCAGGAAACCCUGGAUCAGCUGGACAGCCUGGAAGACCAGGAAACCCAGGAGGACAAGGUGCUCCUGGACCACAAGGUCCACCUGGAAAUGCUGGAGCACCCGGAAGUCCAGGCGCUCCCGGUGCACCCGGCAUUCGGAUGCCAAUGCCUGGAAUCCCUGGACCUCCAGGACCACCUGGACCGCAAGGUCCUCCCGGUACCGAUGGAAACCCUGGUACCCCAGGAACUGCAGGAAAUCCUGGUCCGAUGGGACCAGUUGGAGACAAUGGCAAAGGCGGAGAUCCCGGAAAGCCAGGUGCUCCCGGAUCCAGGGGAGAAGACGGAGCCAACGGACAAAGAGGAAGUUGCGAUCACUGCCCAACUCCUCGUACUGCACCAGGAUAUUAA